AUGACCGGCGACAUGGAAGGACAUUCUGGCUGGAAAUUGCGGCACAUUUUCAAUCGCAAGGUGAAGCAGGCGGACGAAGUUUCAACCAAACCCACAGAUGACAUUGACUUUGAUUUCAACAUCAUCAACAAUGAGAAGCCCACGGAUUAUGCUCAGCUCGAGACGUUUCAUAGGGCUGUAUAUCCAGUCAUGUUACUAGCGCAAUGCUUUUCACUCAUGCCUUUAACCAACAUUUGGCAGCCGAAUCCACGUCGCAUGAGAUUUAAAUUCAAAUCGCUGCAAAUGCUUGUCACCAUUAUCUUUAUGGUGGUCACUUCUGUUUUACUUGUCAGCAUGCUCAAGCAUUUAUUCAAGAUUGGCAUUACAGCUAAGAAUUUUGUGGGUCCUGUAUUCUUCACUUUUGUAGAAUGCGCUUGCAUUUUGUUUAUUGAUUUGGCUAGUAAGUGGCCUGCUUUGAUGCGACACUGGACACGCUUGGAACUGACCUUCAACAAGCCACCUUAUGAGAUGCUGCCCAUCAACUUAAUGCAACGCGUGCGUCUGCCUGCUGUUAUAAUAAUUAUAUGUUCCAUUAUUGAACAUUCUUUGUAUCAAGCCUCUGCAAUUGUGAAUUUUGAACAGCGGAUUAUAAUCUGCGCAGAGGCUCAUAACACAACUGCGGAUACGUCUUUCGACAAUUAUAUACUGCACAACUAUGAAUAUGUAUUUCAGGUGAUGCCUUAUCAUCGCAUCACUGCUAUCUAUAUAUUGCUUGUCAAUGGCACUUGCACCUUCAUUUGGAACUACAUGGAUCUCUUCAUCAUGAUGGUCAGCAAAGGCUUGGCCUAUCGCUUCGAGCAGAUCUCCAUGCGCAUUCGCAAGCUGGAGCACGAAGAACACAUCUCGGAGUCCACAUUCAUCGAGAUUCGCGAGCAUUAUGUGCGCAUGUGUGAGUUGCUAGAGCGCGUGGAUAAUGCGUUGUCCAGCAUCAUUUUGUUAUCCUGCGUGAAUAACUUGUACUUUGUCUGCUGUCAGCUGCUUAACAUAUUCAACAAACUGCGUUGGCCCAUUAGCUAUGUUUACUUCUGGUACUCCACACUUUAUCUGGUGGCCCGCACCGCCUGCGUCUUUCUUACAGCAGCCACCAUCAAUGAUGAGUCAAGGAGUGCACUCGGAGUAUUGAGGCGAGUGUCCACUCGCAACUGGUGCGUCGAGGUGGAGCGACUGAUAUUUCAAAUGUCCACACAAACUGUGGCUUUGUCCGGCAAGAAAUUCUAUUUUCUCACUCGUCGUUUGCUCUUUGGUAUGGCUGGCACAAUUGUCACCUAUGAGCUGGUGUUGCUGCAAUUCGAUGAACCAAAUCGUCGCAAAGGAUUGUUGCCCUUGUGCGGGUUUUUACACUAUGUCGUUGAGGUGGGCAUUAAUUUUCACACCUCCAGCAGCUUGGCGCUUUAUAUUGUGUGUCUGCUGGAGCAUGUGUUCUUCUGGAAAUUGGCCAUCAAUUGGCAACGCAUAAUGAAGCAUUGGCAUCGCGUGGAGCAGCUCUUUCUAAGCAUACCUUAUCGCUUCUAUGAUGAAUACAAAAUGAAGCGACGCAUUAACAUCGUGGUGGGUCUCAUUAUGUCAUCUGCUUUGAUUGAACACUUUUUGCUGCUGGCCAAUUCUUUUCACUUGAGCAAUUUGGAACGCACACAGUGCAACAUUAAUGUGAGCUACUUGGAAGGCGUUUACAAGUGGGAGAGACCGCAUCUCUACAUUAUCUUGCCCUACAAGAUUUGGUUGCUGCCUUUCCUUGAGUGGAUCAACGAGACAAUUGCGUAUCCUCGCUCUUUUACUGACUGCUUUAUUAUGUGCAUUGGCAUCGGCCUCGCUGCACGUUUCCAUCAGCUGCAUCGACGCAUUGCCGCCGUACACAAGAAAGUAAUGCCUGCGGUCUUUUGGACCGAGGUGCGACAACAUUACUUGGCUUUGAAGCGUCUGGUGCGUCUCCUAGAUGCAGCUAUUGCGCCACUUGUGCUGCUCGCCUUUGGCAACAACAUGUCCUUCAUAUGCUUUCAGCUAUUCAACAGCUUCAAAAACAUUGGCGUGGAUACUAUAGUGAUGGUUGCCUUUUGGUACUCGCUCAUCUUUGCUGUUGCACGCACAACUUUGACCAUUUUUGUCACCGCUUCCAUCAAUGAUUACGAGCUCAAAAUAAUUACAGCGCUGCGAGAUGUGCCCUCCAAGGCUUGGACCACAGAGCGCUUCAGCGAACAACUGGGCAAUGAUAUGACUGCGCUCUCUGGCAAUGGUUUCUUUUAUCUAACUCGUCAACUAGUGCUGGCUAUGGGCACCACAAUAAUCACCUAUGAACUGAUGAUCUCCGAUGUCAUUAAUCAGGGCUCCAUUCGGCAGCGAACUUUUUUGGGCGUUCUCCCCGUGUCUGGUGUAUCGCCGAAUGCUGCCGUGGAGAAAGUGCAUUUUCGUUGGUUUUCUCUGUCAUUUCUUGUAAGCUGCAUCAUACUGGGCUUUGCCAUCAUGGACUGCGUGCUCUCCUCCAAAAUAGUUUUCGAAAAUGGCCUCAAGAUAUACACGAUAGGAUCUCUUAGCUUUAGCGUAAUCUGCAUUGCUGGCUUUAGUGUCUUUCUCAUACUCUCCUUUCGCUGGCCUCGAAUCAUUAAGCAAACAACUCGCUGUGAGUUGAUUUUUCUACAACCCGCUUAUGAUUGUCGCAUUGGUCGACAAUUUGGGCGUCGGAUACGCAUUUGGGGCGUAGUUUUGCUUGUGGCUGCUCUAUGUGAGCACUCGACUUAUGUGGGCAGUGCCAUAUAUAGCAACUAUCAGCAGAUUAAAGAGUGUCAGUUGGAUGUGGACUUUUGGUUGAAUUACUUUCAGCGCGAACGUCAAGAACUCUUCACCGUAUUCCACUUCAAUGUGGUGCAAGCGAUCUUCAUCGAAUGGACCACGUUAGCCAUGACUUUCGUGUGGAACUUUGUGGACAUCCUGUUGAUACUGAUCUCUCGUGCCUUUCAGCUGCGCUUUCAGCAGCUGCAUUGGCGCAUCAGACAGCAUGCUGGGCAACGUAUGUCCAAUGAGUUCUGGCAACAGCUGCGCUAUGAUAUUCUAGAGCUCAGUGAUCUGCUCAAAGUGUAUGACAAGGAGCUGUCCGGCUUGGUCAUCUUGGCGUGUUCGAAUAACAUGUACUUUGUGUGCGUGCAAAUCUAUCACAGCUUCAAAGCUCGUGGCAGCUUCAUGGAUGAGCUGUACUUCUGGUUCUGUCUGUUCUAUGUCAUCACACGUCUUUCCAACAUGAUGUUUGCUACUGCAGCUAUACCACAGGAAGCCAGAGAGAUUUGCUACACACUCUUUGAAAUACCCACCGAGUUCUGGUGUAUCGAGCUCCAGCGCAUCCAAGAGAUACUUUUAAGCAACGUUUUUGCGCUCAGCGGCAAAGGUUUCUUCUUUAUGACACGUCGUUUAAUCUUUGCUAUGGCUGCCACGCUGAUGGCCUAUGAGCUGGUCUUGAUUAAUCAAAUGAGCGGCUCUGAGGUGCAGAAGAGCAUCUGCAGUCGUGGCGCGGGCAGCUCAAAGAAAACAGAUAGCGCACAAAACACAUAUAUUCAAUUGGCAUGUCCUGGCAUUAAAGCUAAACUACAACUUAAGUGUUCUGUUUGUUAUGAAAGUGGCAACAGUUUGUCGCCUGACAUGGCGCGGUCAAUAGGUGUUGCAGCCAAGCGGCGCAAGAGUGUGGCACUUAUCAAUUUCUGGCGUGUGGCACGCGCCGACAGCGCGACGAACAUAAAGCGGAGGAUGAACCAUAAGCGGAAUAGUCAAAAACGCUGGCCCAAACUCAAUGCCUUAUUGCAGUACGCUGAUAGAGAGGAUUAUGUGCACAGCGGCUCCUUUCAGGAGGCCAUCAAACCAGUGCUCAUCAUAGCUCAAAUAUUUGCCUUGAUGCCCGUUCGCGGCGUCAGCUCCAAGUACGCCGAAGAUCUAAGCUUCAGCUGGCUAAGCUUUCGCUCCUGCUAUUCGCUGGUGGUCAGCAUAUUGUUUUUGAUUAGCUCUGGCUACAUGGCCGCCUUUGUGAUGCAUGUGAAUUUUGACUUUGACUCGGUGGAAACUCUGGUCUUCUAUGCUUCGAUCUUUGCCAUCUCGGUGGCCUUCUUUCAACUGGCAACCAAGUGGCCAGCUCUAGUGAUUGAGUGGCAAAUGGUGGAGUCACAAUUGCCCGCUUUGCGCACCGAAAAAGAACGUGGCGCCUUGGCUCAUCACAUCAAAAUGAUUGUGAUAAUUGCCAUGGGUUGUUCGUUGGUGGAGCACUUGCUGAGCAUGCUGUCCAGCAUUUAUUAUGUCAACGCUUGUCCUGUGCUGCCCAAUCGACCCAUUGAUAGCUAUUUGCUUAUAGUCUUUAGCAUGUUUUAUCACUUUGUGGAGUACUCUACUACUUUGGGUGUGCUGGGCAAGAUUGUUAAUGUGUUGGCCACAUUCGCCUGGAGUUUCAAUGACAUCUUUGUCAUGGCUGUCAGUGUUUCUCUAGCGGCACGCUUUCGCCAGCUCAACGAUUAUAUGCUACGUGAAGCUAGAAUGCCCACUAGCGCUGACUACUGGAUACAGUGUCGCAUUAAUUUUCGCAAUCUCUGCAAACUUUGCAAUGUUGUGGAUGAUGCUAUUUCAGUCAUAACUCUGCUCUGCUUCAGCAACAAUUUGUACUUUAUCUGUGGCAAGAUAUUGAAGAGUUUGCAGAAGAAACCUUCUGCUUCUCAUACCGCUUACUUUUGGUUCUCCUUGGGCUAUUUGCUUAUACGCACUUUGAUACUCUCGCUUUAUAGCGCCAGCAUUAAUGAUGAAUCUAAGCGACCUUUGCUCAUCUUUCGACUGGUACCUAGACAAUACUGGACAUCAGAGCUCAAACGCUUUUCGGAGGAAGUGCACAUGGAUCAGGUGGCUUUAACGGGCAUGAAGUUCUUUCGGCUCACUCGAGGCGUUGUCAUAUCGGUGGCUGGCACAAUUGUCACCUACGAACUGAUUUUGUUGCAGUUCAACAAAGCGGACAAAGUUAAUGAUUGCUAUGAACACUGAAAAAAGGAAUACACACAAUUGAAGCAGAACUUGCAAAAAAUGUUGCUAACAG